CAUUUCCAACGGAGGUUUCCUAAUCGACAUAUGACAUGUCUACAUUUGGUAAUUAACAGGACAAUAUGGGUCAUUUGCAUUUUGAAACAAAGCACCGAUAAAGUUCACAGGUUAAUGCAUAUGUUGACUGAUUUGUUGCAUUUUCAGUGGUUCUUGUUGUUGAUGUUGUCACAGAGUAAAACAGAAUUUGCCACAUUUAACAGUUAUUGGUUGCUAUAGCGAGUUAUAUAUAAACACACAAUGGAGGAGUUUACCCAAGAUGCACUUGGAUCUGACAUGUUCUACAGCACAAUUGAACCUUCCGAUAUAAUGCCUAUAAUGGUUACCAAAGAGAGUACCAAUAUUAUUUACUUGGGAAAUACCCCCGCCAAAAAUUCCUUUUCGACCAACUCGCAUUUUAGCGUUAUUGAACCUAAUUCUUCUAAUAUUGAGGGAUCUUUUCCUUGUAUCUCUUGCACGAAAGUUUUUACCAGAAAAAAAUAUUUAAACGAUCAUAUGAGACGAUUUCAUAAGAUAUAUGCAAAGGAUUAUAAUAGUGGAUCAGUACCAUCAUCACAGGCAGUUAGUCAAUCGCAGCCCCUUUUAAUUGAAGUUGAUAAGACUAGUCAGUAUACGAAAUGCAGAUGUCCAGCAUGUGGUGCGCCUUUCGAGAAUAAUGCAUUCCUUUCUGCACACAUGGAACAAGCACACAAUUCAACGGUACGAGAUGUUAUUGCUGUUCCUGCAGAGAAGCAUUUAUGUCAUUUUUGUCCAAGACAUUUUUCUGCUCCGAGGUAUUUAGCGAAGCAUAUAAAGAUAGAACAUACUAAUUCAGUGUUAUCCGUUAAGAAGAUACACCAAUGUCAUAUAUGCAAAAAAGUGUUCAAUCAAAGGUCGAAUAAAGCAUCUCAUAUCCGUUUGGUUCAUAAGAUAUCCACAUGGCAGGACUUGCCCAGAAACCAUCUCUGUCCGAUCUGCAAAAAAGGAUUCGCCAAAUUCCAAUUCAUGAAAAUUCACUUGGCUGUCAAGCAUGAACUCCAGUUAAAGGAUAUCACGUUACAUCAGAAAAAAACGUUACUGGUUAAAAAAGGGAAACAUGUUUGCCAUUUAUGUCCAGAUAAAAGUUACGUAAAGCCAUAUGAUUUAAAAUUACAUAAGAAGAAAGUACACGGAAUAGAAAUAGUAAACACAAUUGUGAAAAAAAGUUUUCCUUGUAAGCUAUGUGAUGUAGAACCAUUAACCAGCAAGCGAUCGCUGCGUGAGCAUAUGAAAUCUGCUCACCGUGCAAUGCUAGUUACAGUGGAAAGCAAUAAAAAGCAAAAGUCGAAUUUACGGAAACACAAGUGCACUGAAUGCCCUGUUGCAGUUCCAACCAAAGGUUUAUUGAGGAACCAUCUAAAAUCAUCACACAAUGUGGAGCUACCAAAUGGGACCAAUUUAAAGGUGAAGUGUCUAAUUGAAGGCUGUGACUUUGUUGCCAUGUGGAUCUCAACUGUCGUAGAACACAUGAAUGAGAGUCAUCCAGAGAUUCCACCAUUAGAAACCGAAAAGAAAAGCUUUGAAAACAUGGAGGCAUUUUGGGCGUGGAAACAAGAAAUUGAGGAGAAAACCUAUUCAUACUAUCCAAAAUCUUGGGGAAAAUUAGUGUCGUCAAAACGCCCGCACCAAAUUUACUUCAAAUGCAACAGAGAUGGGGACCAAAAACGACCGAAUUCUUACAACAGGCAAUCAUUGAUCCGUAAACUCCUCCCAAAAGCAGCAAAAGUUGUAAAUCCAAAUAUAGAAAAAACCAAAACGAGCAUCAAACUGAACCGUAGGUGCUUUGCCAACAUGGCGCUGAGGAUAAAUGUUGGAGAGACAGUUGAUGUGGUUUUUAUGAAGACGCACUCUCACGAUUUAAGACUGGAGGAUGUGAGCCUGAUGCCACGUAAAUACAGACCUGCUAUUAAGAACCUCAAUCCAGCAAUUAAAGGCCUACCUGGCCCAGACCAGCCACUGAAAUUUGUGAGUGAGCCCGCACCUGAUCCUAUUGACACUCCCUCUGAUGCCUCAACUAAUCAACCUGAUGUCACUACUAAUCACAGUGAUUCUGAUGCCAGGACUGGUUCAAAUCAAAAAGCCACAGCAGACUUGACUUCUGAUGUCAAAACUAGUCAAAGUGACCCUGAUUCUGAUUUGGAGAUGUCAGUUGAUGACCAAGGUGAUGUCAGCACUGUUGAAGAGCAAUCCACCCACAACAAUGUUUAUGCCACAUAUGCUGCCAUACCAGCAAAGCCUACCACGAAAUCUGAGCAUAAGAAGCAUUCACUUUCUGUGACAAAUCUGAAGUUGAUUCAGAGUACGAUAGAAGCAGCUUCUAUAAAUGAACCGAAACGAGUGUUAGAGGAUGACUCUGAUAGUGACAUGGCUGGAGACUCAGAUUCAGACUCCCCUGAACAUGUCUAUGAACCAAGGCCUUCUAAAAGGCUAAAGGUAACAAGAGCUAAUAAGCUGAAAACUAUUUCUACAGAAGCUACAGGAACUCCAGAGCGAGGAUGCACUAAGACGAAUGAUACACUCACAGAAGCUACAAAAACUGCAGAAAUUACCACAAAUAGGAUCAAUAGUUGUGUGGAACCCAUAAUAAAACAAAGUGAGACAAAUGUUGUGGAAGGGCAUUCAAAAACAAAAGAGGGAACAAUUGGGAUAAAGGAAGGAACAAUUGGUGCAAAGGAAGGAACAAUAGGGACAGAGCAAGGUGCAUUUCUUACAAAGCAAGGGAUAAGUGAAGGGAAAAUUCUUACCAUUCAAGAUACAAUUAGUAUAAUACAAGGGACAAAGUGUUCAAAGCAACCUACAAUAGGUACUUUACAAGGGACAUUGGGUACAAAGCAACCAUCAAUUGGUACAAUACACGGGACAACGGGUAUGGAGCAAGUGAAAAUUGGUACAAUACAAGGGACAAUGGGUUCAAAGCAAUGGACAAUUGCUACAUUGAAAGGGAAAAUGGUUGCAAAGCAACCAUCAAUUGGUACAAUACAAGGGACAAUGAAUACAAAGCAACCAACAAUUGCUACAAUACAAAGGACAAUAGAUACAAAUCAACCAUCAAUUGGUACAAUACAAGGGACAAUGGUUACAAAGCAACCAUCAAUUGGUACAAUACAAGGGACAAUGAAUACAAAGCAACCAUCAAUUGGUACAAUACAAGGGACAAUGGUUACAAAGCAACCAUCAAUUGGUACAAUACAAGGGACAAUGAACACAAAGCAACCAUCAAUUGGUACAAUACAAGGGACAAUGGUUACAAAGCAACCAUCAAUUGGUACAAUACAAGGGACAAUGAAUACAAAGCAACCAUCAAUUGGUACAAUACAAAGGACAAUGGUUACAAAGCAACCAACAAUUGCUACAAUGCAAGUGACAAUGGUUGCAAAGCAACCAUCAAUUGGUACAAUACAUGGGACAAUCGGUACAAAGCAACCAACAAUUGCUACAAUACAAGGAACAAUUGGUACAAAGCAACUGACAAUUGGUACAACAGGUAAACAAGUUGCAUAUCUUACAAACCAGGGCUCUAUAGGUACAAAGGAAGGAAACAUCGUUACUGCACAAGAUCCUUUAGGUACAAUACAAGGAGCCUCAGUUGAUGAACAAAAUAAAACAAAUAUUACAAAACAUAGAAGAAUUGCUCCAAAGCAAAUGACAUCAACAACAAACAAUGUUGUUCCAAGUUCUAAUGCUGCAGAUGCCUCUAAUGUGGUCCAGGGAUCAGUUGAAGUUGUUGCUGUUCAAGCGAAUGGUUAUCUUCAGCUUGUACCAAAAGAAAAGUUUGUACAAAUGUCUCAUUUUGCAAACCCACAGGUCUUAUAUAUGGGAACAUCUGAUCCGCCAAGCAUAACUAAAACCUCAUCACAUACAUCUGCAUCUGUUGGUCAAGGAUCAGCAUUAGCAGCACCAAAUGUGGCAAGGAUCAAGAAAGGAUCACAACCUCACAUAAAAAUUAUCAAAAAGACUGUUGUAAAAGACAAAGUGUUGUCAACAGGUGGCCUUCACACAAAAGACACAUCUCUUGGUGUUACUGUUAUACCAAGUGGAUCAAAACAGGGCCUUCCGAGCAAUUCUGAGACCUCAAAAUCAACUACGCUUGGUAAUUCUGAGACCUCACAAUCAAAUAAGCUUGGUAAUUCUGAGACCUCAAAAUCAACUGCGCUUAGUAAAUCUGAGACCUCACAAUCAAAUAAGCUUGGUAAUUCUGGGACCUCAAAAUCAACUACGCUUGGUAAUUCUGAGUCCUCAAAAUCAACUAUGCUUAGUAAUUCUGAGACCUCACAAUCAAAUAAGCUUGGUAAUUCUGAGACCUCAAAAUCAACUGCGCUUAGUAAAUCUGAGACUUCACAAUCAAAUAAGCUUGGUAAUUCUGGGACCUCAAAAUCAAGUACGCUUGAUAAUUUUGAGUCCUCAAAAUCAACUAUGCUUCUUAGUAAUUCUGAGACCUCACAAUCAACUACUAUUGGUAACUCUGAGACCUCAAAAUCAACUGCGUUUAGUGAGACCUCACAAUCAAAUAAGCUUGGUAAUUCUGGGACCUCAAAAUCAACUACGCUUGGUAAUUCUGAGUCCUCAAAAUCAACUGCGUUUAGUGAGACCUCACAAUCAAAUAAGCUUGGUAAUUCUGGGACCUCAAAAUCAACUACGCUUGGUAAUUCUGAGUCCUCAAAAUCAACUGUGCUUGGUAAUUCUGAGUCCUCAAAAUCAACUAUGCUUGGUAAUUCUGAGACCUCAAAAUCAACUACGCUUCGUAAUUCUGAGACCUCACAAUCAAAUAAGCUUGGUGAUUCUGAGACCUCACGAUCAACUACGCUUUGUAAUUCUGAGAUCUCACAAUCAACUACGCUUAGUAAUUCUGAGACCUCACAAUCAAAUAAGCUUGGUGAUUCUGAGGCAUCACAAUCAAAUAAGCUUGGUAAUUCUGAGACCUCACAAUCAACUUUGUUUAGAAAUUAUGAGACCUCAAAAUCAACUAUGCUUGGUAAUUCUGAGACUUCAAAAUCAAAUAAACUUGGUAAUUUUGAGACCUCAAAAUCAACUAUGCUUGGUAAAUCAGAGACUUCACAAUCAACUAAGAUUGAUAAUUCUGAGUCCUCAAAAUCAACUACGCUUGGUAAUUCUGAGACCUCAAAAUCAACUACGCUUAGUAAUUCCGAGUCCUCAAAAUCAAUUGCGCUUGGUAAUUCAGAGACCUCAAAAUCAACUAUGCUUGGUAAUUCUGAGACCUCAGUAUCAAGUACACUUGGUAAUUCGGAGACCUCAAUAUCAAGUACGCUUGGUAAUUCUGAGUCCUCAAAAUCAACUACACUUGGUAAUUCCGAGAUCUCAAAAUCAAGUACGCUUGGUAAUUCUGAAACCUCAAUAUCAAGUACGCUUGGUAAUUCUGAGACCUCAAAAUAAAAAGUGUCUGAUGGAACAGAAAUUUCGAUUUUAAAUGUGCCUGAUAGUGAUAUUUGCAACUGGAAAAAUUGAAAAAGAACUUGUCAGAAUUAGAGAAUUUUUUAUCUCUGUUUCAACAACUGGAAGAUAUGCAAUCUAAAUACAUGUAGUUGAGAUAUGCAAUCUAAGUACAUGUAGUUGAGGAGAUGUGCAAUCUAAAUACAUGUAGUUGAGGAGAUACGCAAUCUAAGUACAUGUAGUUGAGGAGAUAUACAAUCUAAGUACAUGUAGUUGAGGAGAUAUGCAAUCUAAAUACAUGUAGUUGAGGAGAUAUGCAAUCUAAGUACAUGUAGUUGAGGAGAUAUGCAAUCUAAAUACAUGUACUUGAGGAGAUAUGCAAUCUAAGUACAUGUAGUUGAGGAGAUAUGCAAUCUAAAUACAUGUAGUUGAGGAGAUAUGCAAUCUAAGUACAUGUAGUUGAGGAGAUAUGCAAUCUAAGUACAUGUAGUUGAGGAGAUACAUGUAUGCAAUCUAAGUUGAGGAGAUGAGGAUGAGAAAGAACAGUGUACCAAGAAAUAAAGAACUUAGAAACUUACUGGUCGUUUACAUAUUGAGAUGCAUUGACGGGCUUUCCUUUAUCUUUCAAAAUGGGGUGUGAGAAUUGUGAAUUUCAAACCAAAAUUGUCUAAAGGAAGAACAUGUAGAAGUAAUAGAGUGUAAAAUGUUCUAACAAUCUUCCAAAUUAUGCCAAUGUUUUCAUUAUAACUGUAUAAAUCUUAUUUUAUUUCUCAAAACAGAAUUAGUCGAAGUUAUUGAAAAUACUGUCCCAUUCUAUUAGUAUGAUUUGAAUUGUUUUGUUAUGUCUAAACUGUUUGGACUUUAAGAUAUGAUAUCUAAACAUGGAAUAAUGAAUCAAAAUAAAAAAUAUAGUGAAAUUAUUAAUUACCUCUAUAUUCCCUUUUCCAAUAUACUUUAAAGUAAAUGAAUGAGCUUGAAAUUGUCCAUUUCCACCCAAUAUCUUUUUAUUAGACUCCAGAUGUAAAUCUGGAGUCUAUUACUUUCGUCAGUAUUCUUCUUUAUUAUUCUUCUACACACGUUUUCUCAAUAACUAGAAGACCUUGAGUCAAGUCAUGUAUAUGGUCAAUUUAGGUCCAGUAUCUAGUUUCUCGGAAAU